AUGAUAAUGGGUUGUUUUAUCUUUCAAAUAUUUACACACUGUUAUUUUGGGGAGGAAAUGACAAGGAAGAGUUUGUCUAUUGCUGAUGAAAUAUACCAAAUGGACUGGAACACAUUAAGUAUACAAACAAAGCAAAAAUUGAUAAUAAUAAUGAUGAGAACCAGCCGUCCGAUUCAGCUAACUGGCUCUUCAGUUGUUGUCUUAUCAAUAGAAACAUUUUUUAAGGUUUUAAAAGCAUCUUAUUCAUCAUAUAACUUGUUGAGGAAUACUAAUUGA